CGACGACGGAAGUAAACUGUGUUGCUGUGAGGCAGGCGGUCCGAAGCUCUUGUGCGUGACAGCACCGCGAUCUCCCCUCGAUUCUUCUCGCGGCGAUGGAUAAUGCCUGCGAGUCGCCCACUGAAAAAGGUGGAGAGACAGGGGCAUCCGAGGAGACCGCCGCUGCUCCCGGAAGCUCCGGGCCUACUGACACGGACGGAAUCCCGGAGGAAACUGACGGGGACGGAGAUGGAGACUUGAAAGAAGCUGAGGCCGAGGAAGGCGAGCUCAAGAGUCAGGACAUCUCAGAUUUAACAGCAGUUGAAAGGGAAGAUUCAUCAUUACUCACACCUGCAGCCAAAAAACUGAAAAUAGACACCAAAGAAAAGAAAGAGAAGAAGCAGAAAGUGGAUGAAGAUGAGAUUCAAAAGAUGCAAAUCCUGGUUUCUUCUUUUUCUGAGGAGCAGCUGAACCGUUAUGAAAUGUAUCGCCGGUCAGCCUUCCCUAAGGCAGCCAUUAAAAGGCUGAUCCAGUCCAUCACGGGCACCUCUGUCUCUCAGAAUGUUGUUAUUGCGAUGUCUGGUAUUUCCAAGGUUUUCGUCGGGGAAGUGGUAGAAGAAGCACUGGAUGUGUGUGAGAAGUGGGGAGAAAUGCCUCCACUGCAACCCAAACACAUGAGGGAGGCUGUUCGGAGGUUAAAGUCGAAGGGGCAAAUACCCAACUCGAAGCACAAAAAAAUCAUCUUCUUCUAAGACCAAAGCCUAGAAAGGCCUCGUACUGGAGGACAUACUGGUUCCAGACUUCGGAUUGCAGACUUUGUACAGUGGUGCUUUAGUAUCUGCACAUGAUUUUAAUGUCUUUCUCAAAACUCUGAUGUUCAUCACACCUAGAAGGCAUGCAGCCUAUUUCAUACUUGCCUUAACUAAGUAUUGAGACCUUAAGGCAUUUUGAAGCAUCAACUGUCUCUUGGCUCAUUGGAAGAAAAAUGGCACAGGUGCCUUAAGCAUCUCUUGGACAGGGGAGCUGCUUUCAGAGAAAACCUUUCCAAGAUAAUUUUGAUGGUUUUACGUAGGAGCCUGAAGUCACUAAGUCUUAAGUUGUUUCUUACAUAUGGUUUUAAGUAGAUGAAACAACCAGAUGCUUUUUGACUUGUGAAACUCCUAACAUGAACAAUGUGGAGAUACAGGAGUAGUGGAAUAGUUUGUCCCUGUAAACAUUCAAGAUUCUUCUAUGGAUUUUGGUGAGUGACCAUUAAACUGUUU